GCACGUUAGCUAUAACUACCCGCUUUUCAUCUCUCUUAAUUAACGCGCCAAACCACACGGAUCUCCGCCACUUCAAAAUCUCUUACGUACUGUGGUUUUCCGUUCUGAGUCAGAAAAUGGCGGCGGGUUCGGGUUCUCUGAUGUGGUUCCGAAAGGGCCUCCGGAUCCACGACAACCCUGCUCUCGAAUAUGCCUCUAAAGGUUCCAGCUUUAUGUAUCCCGUUUUCGUGAUCGACCCGCACUACAUGGAGCCCGACCCCAGUGCAUUCUCCCCCGGGUCGACCCGGGCCGGCAUCAACCGGAUACGUUUCUUGCUGGAGAGCCUCGUUGAUCUUGAUUUGAACUUGAAGAAACUCGGGUCGAGAUUGUUGGUGCUGAAGGGGGAGCCUAGCCAGGUUUUGACCCACUGCUUAAAGGAGUGGAAUGUGAAAAAACUUUGCUUUGAGUAUGAUACUGAACCGUACUAUCAAGCUUUGGACAGAAGUGUUAAGGAUUAUGCUUCUUCAGCUGGGAUUGAGGUUUUCUCUCCUGUGAGUCAUACUCUCUUCAAUCCUGCAGAUAUUAUAGAGAAGAAUGGGGGAAGUCCACCACGCAGUUAUCAAUCUUUUCUGAAGCUGGCUGGGGAACCCUCAUGGGUAUCAUCUCCGCUUUCGAUUAGAGUUUCUUCUCUUCCUCCCGUUGGGGAUGUAGGAAGCUGCGAGGUUUCACAAGUUCCAACCAUGGAAGAACUUGGCUACGUAGACAAUGAUCAGGAUGAAUUGACUCCUUUUAGAGGUGGUGAAUCAGAAGCAUUGAAGAGGAUGACAGAGUCCCUAAGUAAUAAGGAUUGGGUGGCAAACUUUGAAAAGCCUAAGGGUGACCCUUCUGCUUAUUUGAAGCCAGCAACUACUGUUCUGUCACCAUACUUGAAAUUUGGCUGUCUUUCUUCCAGGUACUUCUACCAGUGCCUUAAAGGGGUUUACAAAAAUGUUAAAAGGCACACUCUGCCACCAGUAUCCCUUGGUGGACAGUUGCUCUGGCGAGAUUUUUUCUAUACGGUUGCCUUCGGAACUCCUAAUUUUGCCCAAAUGAAGGGAAAUGGUAUAUGCAAGCAGAUUCCUUGGAAUGAUGAUGAACAACUCCUGGCUGCUUGGAGAGAUGCUAAAACGGGGUACCCUUGGAUUGAUGCAAUCAUGGUCCAGCUCCGUAAGUGGGGAUGGAUGCAUCACCUAGCACGGCAUUGUGUUGCAUGUUUCCUAACUCGUGGAGAUCUGUUUGUACAUUGGGAAAAAGGGCGUGAUGUCUUUGAGAGACUCUUGAUUGAUUCAGAUUGGGCAAUUAAUAAUGGGAAUUGGCUGUGGCUAUCAUGUUCAUCAUUCUUCUACCAGUAUAACCGUAUUUAUUCUCCUAUAUCAUUUGGAAAGAAAUACGAUCCAAAGGGUAAUUAUAUUAGGCAUUUUCUCCCCAUACUGAAAGAUAUGCCAGACGAGUACAUAUAUGAGCCAUGGACUGCUCCUCUGAGCAUUCAAACUAAAGCAAAGUGCAUAAUAGGAAGAGAUUAUCCAAAACCGGGUUAGUUGUCUAAUGUGUGUUGUCCAAGUGUUUGCUUUGUUUAUAUUCAGAAUCAGCAAUUGUCAACCUUGUUUAGUUUGUUGACAGCAGGCCCUAUCAUGAGUUGAUUAAUUCACAGUUAUAUUGCUUGGAGUCUAUUUUAUUCACACUACAGCUUUAAAAAGGCUACUUACGUUGCACUCUUUUGCUUGAUCAUAGUGUUUCUGCUUAUUUAUUUGUCCAUGGAUUGAUGUUUCAAGACUAAUGUUUAUUUCUUUCACAUUAAUGUUUCAUUGCCUUGUUCUGCGAAACAGAAGGCGAGGAACAUGCCCUUUUGUUAUGUUUCCCUUUUCCUGUAAAUAUUUUAAUAAUUGUUUCUAAUUAGUAAUUACUGACUGGAGUAUGGUAAUUAGCAUGAUUUUUCAUUUCUUACAGCAUGGCACUUUUUGUGCUUGACUCUGCAUAUUAUAUGUAUCAAUUCAUUUCUUUUCUUUUCUUUCUUGCAUUUUGUUUCAGUGGUUCCUCAUGAUCUUGCAAGCAAGGAGUGUAGAAGGAAGAUGGGAGAAGCUUAUGCGCUGAACCAGAAAUUGAACAGGCUUGUGAGUGAAGAAGACUUGAGAAAUUUGAGAAGAAAACUAGAGGAAGAUGAAGACCAGGAAUCCAACCCUAUAAGAAGCCAAAGACAAAAGCUGAAUGGCUGAGUAAGGAAUGUCCUAGGCACUUAUCCUAACUCAGAUUUUAGAUUGUUAAUUGUUAAAGCCAUUUAGAUGUGGCUGACAUGGACAUUUCAAACUUUUGAACAUUGUCACAGGCAAUGCAUCUUGCAUGGCAAUGGCAAUGCCAUGUUUGCAAUAGUUGUGGCUGUGAUAGCCAUAUUAAUUCGUUUGAUUUGAGGAACGUGUAUUAAUUUUCUAGGAUGAUUUUGCUUCUUCAAAUGAAAAUCAGUUUACUUU